GGCAGCACAUCUCCGUACCACUACGAGCAGCAGCAGCAGCAGCAGCAGUAGCUGCGCUUUCUCUCUCUGUAACCUAAACAAUGAGUCCUACAACAGACCGGAGGAAAGCACACCAAUAGAAUGCGUUACACAGCACCAAAACCCUGCAUUUCGCUGCUAUUCCGACAACUCACUUAAAUGUGCCGACCGUAAACAUGUGGAUACCUACAGAACAUGAAAAAUACGGCGUCGUGCUGGCCAGUUUCCGAGGGACUGUCCAGCAUGGCCUCCCGCUGGAAAUCGGAGACACGGUGCAGAUCCUGGAGAAAUGUGAAGGCUGGUUCCGAGGAUUCAUCCUGAAGAAUCCAAAUGUCAAGGGGAUCUUCCCAUCCAGCUACAUCCACUUGAAGAAUGCCCACGUCAAGAAUAAAGGGCAAUUUGAGACAGUCAUCCCUGUGGAAGACUCUGUCAUCACAGAGAUGACGUCCACGUUGCGAGACUGGGGUGCCAUGUGGAAACAACUCUAUGUGAAGAACGAGGGGGAUUUGUUCCACCGACUUUGGCACGUUAUGAAUGAAAUCCUGGACCUGAGGAGGCAGGUGCUGGUAGGCCACCUCACCCACGACCGCAUGAGGGACGUGAAGCAGCACAUCACAGCGAGAUUGGACUGGGGCAACGAACAACUCGGCUUGGACCUGGUGCCCCGGCAAGAGUUCAGCAUGGUGGACCCCGACGAAAUCAGCGUCACAGAGCUUUACAGACUGAUGGAACAUCGGCAUCGUAAGAAGGAGACCCCUGCGCCCGCGAGCACCCACCACUUGUUCGUCCAUGUGAAGAGUCUGAUGAGCGCCAAUCUGGGGGAGGAGCUAGAAGUCUUCUUCCACAUCUAUGAUGGACGGGAGAACCGGCCACUCAGUGAAAGGUUCUUUGUCAAGUUGAAUAAGAGCGGGUUGCCCAAGUCGCCAGAGAAGACAGAAAGACAAUGCACGCUAUUUGUGGAUUUGGGAAGCAGUGAUCUACGAAAAGAUGUCUACAUCGUUGUGCACAUCAUAAGAAUAGGGAGAAUGGGAGCAGGGGAAAAGAAGAAUCUGUGCAGCGUUCAGUACAGGCGGCCGUUUGGUUGUGCUGUCAUCAGCAUCGCUGAUCUCCUCACUGCUGACUCCAAGGAUGACCAUCUGCUCAAGGUUUAUGCGUGUAACACAGAGAGUGAGUGGUACCAGAUCCAUGAGAACAUCAUCAAAAAGGCGAAUUCCAGAUACAACCUGUCGGGCUCCAACACCGGUCUGUCCGUGGCUCUCCAGCUCCUCCACGGGGACAUAGAGCAGCUGAGACGAGAGUACAUGGUCCUCUUCACGCGGGGAGUGUCCAUCACCAGGAAACUGGGCUUCUCUGAUGUCAUCAUGCCAGGAGAGAUGAGGAAUGACCUUUACAUCACAUUGGAGAAAGGCGAAUUUGAGAAGGGGGGGAAGAGCGUCGCCAGGAACGUAGAGAUCACCGUCUAUGUGCUGGAUAUCGAUGGACAGAUCCUCAAGAGUCACGUGGCUGCCGGCUCUGGUGAACCAGGUGGGGAUGAGUACCACUCCUUGGUGCUGUACCACAACAACAGCCCCCGCUGGUCGGAGCAGAUCAAGCUGCCUAUCCCUGUCGACAUGUUCCGCGGGUCGCACGUCCGCUUUGAGUUCCGACACUGCUCCACUAAAGACAAGGGAGAGAAGAAACUGUUUGGCUACUCCUUUGUUCCUCUGAUGCAGGAGGACGGCAGGACUCUGCCAGAUGGCACCCAUGAGCUCAUUAUCCAUAAGUGUGAGGAGAACACCAGCUUGGCAGAAUGUUCGCGCUACUUGAAGCAGCCGUUCUCCAAGGCCAACCUCCCGUCCAACAACCAGACUCUGAAAGGCACCAAGGAGUCUUUCUGGAUCACCAGCUUCCUCUGCUCCACCAAGCUCACACAAAAUGGAGACAUGCUGGACCUGUUGAAGUGGCGAGCUCACCCCGAGAGGAUCAACGACAGCCUGUCAAAGCUGAAGGAGAUCGAUGGCUCGGAGAUUGUCAAAUUUCUACAGGACACUCUGGACACUCUGUUUGGGAUUCUGGAUGAAAGCUCUCAGAGAUAUGGGCUUAAGGUGUUUGAUUCACUGGUCCACAUCAUCAACCUCCUCCAGGACAGCAAAUUCCAGCACUUCAAGCCCGUCAUGGACACCUACAUUGAGAGCCACUUUGCCGGAGCUCUGUCCUACAGGGACCUGAUCAAAGUGCUGAAGUGGUACGUGGACCGCAUUGUUGACGCAGAACAUCAGGAUCACAUACAGCAGGUGCUCAAGUCCAGCGAGUACAUCUUCAAGUACAUCAUCCAGUCUCGCCGGCUCUUCUCAUUGGCCACCGGCGGCCAGAACGAGGAGGAGUUCCGAGUCUGCAUCCACGAGCUCUUCAUGUCCAUCCGCUUCUUCCUCUCGCAGGAAAACAAAAGCACCAGCCCGGUCGCACAAACACAGGCGGUGUUCCUGAGGACGUUUCCAGCAGUUUACAGCGAGCUGUUGAAGAUCUUCACCGUGCGGGAGGUGGCCGGCUUCGUCAGGGAGACGCUGGGCAGCCUGCCCACCGCCGUCCACGCCGACUGCCUGGAGACCGUCAAACUGCAGUGCAUUGCCAAGACGGUGGAAAGCCAGCUUUACAUUAAUCCAGAGUCGCGCUGCAUCCUGUUGCCGGUGGUGCUCCGUGUCCUCCAAGCGCACAUGCAGGAGCAGAGAGACCUGGUCAUGUGUGCCCGCAUCCUCACCAGCAUGCUGUCCCUCAUCAUCAAGGAGGAGAAUGGCACUGCGGUGGGUAUCACAGCGGAGCCGGUGGUCUCAGAAGAAGUGGAGCUAAUUGUCGAGAGCCUGCUGGGAGUUUUACUGAGAACCAUCCUGGAAAUAAGCAACCGGCCCCAGCCUGCCGGUCCCACCAUGAGACUCCAGUUCCAGGAUGUCACUGGGGAAUUUGUGGCAUGUUUGUUGGCCCUUCUGCGACAGAUGAGUGACAGACACUACCAGCAGCUGCUGCAGGCAUUCAGCAGCAAAGACAACCUGAGGGACUUUCUCCUUCAGAUCUUCACAGUCUUCAGGAUCCUAAUCCGACCAGAAAUGUUCCCUAAAGACUGGACUGUCAUGCGGUUGGUCACCAACAAUGUCAUCAUCACAACUGUCCUCUACCUUUCUGACGCUCUGAGGAAAAACUUCCUCAAUGACAAGUUUGACUACAAGGUGUGGGACUCGUACUUCUAUCUGUCUGUAAUAUUUAUCAACCAGCCCUGUCUUCAGCUGGAGUCCUUCUCCCCCUCCAAGAGGAAGAAGAUACUGGAAAAGUACGGAGACAUGAGGGUGAUGAUGGGCUGCGAGAUCUUCAGCAUGUGGCAGAAUUUAGGGGAACACAAGUUGAACUUCAUCCCAGCGAUGAUUGGUCCAUUCCUGGAGGUGACGCUGGUGCCUCAGCCCGAUCUGAGGAAUGUCAUGAUCCCCAUCUUCCAUGACAUGAUGGACUGGGAGCAGAGACGCAGCGGCAAUUUCAAACAGGUGGAAGCCAAGCUGAUCGACAAGUUGGACAGUCUGAUGUCUGAGGGCAAAGGAGACGAGACGUACAGAGAGCUCUUCAACAGCAUAAUUCCUCUGUUUGGUCCGUACCCUAGCCUGCUGAAGAAGAUUGAGAGAGAGACCUGGAGGGAGAGUGGCAUCUCUCUGAUCGCUACUGUCACUCGCUUAAUGGAGAGAUUGCUGGACUACAGGGAUUGUAUGAAGCUGGGAGAAGUGGAUGGGAAAAAGAUUGGCUGUACUGUCAGUUUACUGAACUUCUACAAAACUGAGCUGAACAAAGAGGAGAUGUACAUCCGCUACAUUCACAAACUGUACGACCUGCACUUUAAAGCACAAAACUACACGGAGGCGUCGUACACCCUGCUGCUGUACGAUGAGUUACUGGAGUGGUCCGACAGGCCGCUCAGAGAGUUCCUCAACUACCCAAUGCAGAGCGAGUGGCAGAGGAAGGAGUACCUGCACCUCACUAUCGUGCAGAACUUCGACAGGGGGAAGUGUUGGGAGAAUGGCAUCAUCCUGUGCAGAGAACUGGCUGACCAAUACGAGUCUUACUACGACUACAGGAACCUGAGCAAGAUGAGGAUGAUGGAAGCUUCUCUCUAUGACAAGAUCAUGGACCAGCAAAGACUAGAACCGGAAUUCUUCAGAGUGGGUUUCUACGGAAAGAAGUUUCCUUUCUUCUUACGGAAUAAGGAGUUUGUGUGCCGCGGCCAUGACUACGAAAGGCUGGAGGCUUUCCAGCAGCGGAUGCUCAACGAGUUCCCCCACGCCAUCGCCAUGCAGCACGUCAACCAGCCAGACCAGACCAUAUACCAGGCAGACGCACAGUAUCUGCAGAUCUAUGCGGUAACCCCCAUCCCAGAGAGUCAGGAUGUGCUGCAGAGAGAUGGAGUGCCCGACAACAUCAAAAGCUUCUACAAGUUCAAUCACAUCUGGAGGUUCAGAUAUGACCGGCCCUUUCACAAGGGCACCAAAGACAAGGAGAAUGAGUUCAAGAGCCUGUGGGUGGAGAGGACAACCCUGACUCUGGUCCAGAGUCUUCCAGGCAUCUCCCGCUGGUUUGAAGUAGAGAAGAGAGAGCUGGUGGAGGUCAGCCCGCUGGAGAACGCCAUCGAGGUGAUCGAGAAUAAGAAUUUACAAUUGCGCACAUUGAUCACCCAGUGUCAAAGCCGGCAGAUGCAGAACAUCAACCCCCUCACCAUGUGCCUCAACGGGGUCAUCGAUGCUGCCGUCAACGGGGGACUGGCCCGCUACCAAGAGGCCUUCUUCGUGAAGGACUACAUUAUGAAUCACCCCGAGGACGGCGAGAAGAUCGGGCGACUGAGAGAGCUCAUGUUUGAACAGGCACACAUUCUGGAGUACGGCCUCGCUGUGCACGAGAAGUUUGUUCCCCAGGACAUGAGACCUCUCCACAAGAAGCUCGUGGACCAGUUUCAUCUGAUGAAAUCCAGUCUUGGCAUACAGGAGUUUCCGGCUUAUGUGCGUGCAAGCCCAGUGCACUUCACCAACGGGAGCCCACGAACAUGCAGGAACUCUGUGCCCAACAUCAUCAGCCCAGACGGCGGCAGAGGGGUUGCCAGGCGGAGCUUUCCCAGCUACCCUGCGGUGAACCGCUACUCUUCGUCCUCUCUGUCGUCUCAGGCCUCCAAUGAAGUCAGUAACAUCACAGGGCAGUCGGAGAGUUCGGAUGAAGUCUUCAACAUGCAGCCCAGUCCGUCUACCUCAAGCCUCAGCUCCAACCAUUCUGCCUCGCCGAAUGUCACCAGUUCAGCCCCCUCCAGUGCCAGAGGUUCUCCGCAGAUGGCAGAGAAACACAAGCAUUCCAGAGAAAAUGCCUGCCUAUCUCCACGAGAGCGACCGGUCAGCGCCAUUUUCCCCAACCCCCUGGACCCUGCACAGAGAGCUGCUCCUCAUCAGAUAGGCGACACCACAUUACCAAGGAGUGACCCAAACCUCUCAGCACCAGACAAAGUGAGACCCACACCCAGUAGCUGGAGCCUAGACAGUGUCAAAGUGGGCGCUCCAUCAUUCUCUGACUCUUUGGGCAAAUUGCUUUGCCCUCCUGUACCUCCUAGGCCACCAUACUCAGGCUCCUCAGCUAAAAACAUGAGGUCACAGUCUCCUGUCUCCGCGUCUAGAUCGCCGCAAAAGACCACAGUGCCACCUUUCACCCCUUCGCCCACCGAGUGCCAGUCCACCAGCCUGGUCUCCAGCUCCCCCGUCCUCUCUGGCAGCUACAGCAGUGGCAUCUCUUCCCUCAGUCGCUGCAGCGUGUCGGAAGCUUCGGGCACCGAGCUGCCUGCGGGCGACCACCCACCCCACCCGCUGCCUCCACCCGGCACCUUGCCAAACUCUGUCUCCAGCAGCUCAGACGAGCCGAUCCGCAGAGAGAAUAAGACACCUCCCCCCUACAGCGUGUACGAGAGGAACAACCCCCGCAGGCCUGUGCCGCUGCCCCACAGUCUCUCCAUCCCCCCACAAGUGGACCCCCCAGCCCUGCCACCCAAGCCUCACCAGCUCCGCACAGGCAGCAUGAAGCUGGAGGGAACCUCCGACCCGCGAGUGCCCAGACCAAGGCCUCUGCCCAGGAAGGUGUCCCAGCUAUAGGUGCUGGUUCGGGUCCAGGUCUGGAAAAGAAACACACUGGCGUAUUUUGCACUUUUCUACUGGGCACUCACUUGUUUUUUUUGUGAUCUUCAGUUUGGCAUUCCUGACUUACACUCCAAUAAAAGACACAGGCUUACAGAUUAACAGGCAGUCGAAGAAAACAACUGAAGAAACUGUCGAAUAAUGAAAGUUUCUUUUUGUAUCUACUAGAGGGCAUUGCAUUGACUUUGACUUGGUCAUUCCGCACUUUUAGCUCUAGUAUGCAUAUUAGGUCACCGCGGUCAGUCCCAAAAUAUGUUUACCAGAACAAUCUAGAAAAACACAGUUUUGAUAGAAGUAAUAAUCUCAAAUAUAUGUAUAUUGGUAUACAUGAGAAUUGUUUUUGCCUUAAGUAUUGGAAACAGAGUCUUUUAUCCGUGAGUCUUGCACGUUUUUGUUUUAUUUUUUAAAUGACUCCGUACAUUUGUAUACUGUAUGGCUUAAAAGGUGCUAGAGACAUCGAGUAUGCAUUUCAGUGAAGUAGAAACGGGUGUGUUCCCAUAGUCAUAUCCACACAAGCAAUGGUACAAACAAUUAAGAUUCAAUGAAAAAACCUGCCAUCUUUUAGAAUUCGGGCAAAAUUGACGUUUAUAUGAAGUUAUUUAAAAGGUUUGGUGACAGGAACUUUGAGGUUUAUUUAACUCCACAUGGUUCUAUGUCAAUCUGAAAACAAAAGGUUUUCAGUGGGAAGUUGUCACCUUAACAGAACAACUCUAAUGACCUUUUCUCUUUGGAAUUUUAAAAUCUGUUUUUUUUUUUUUAUUGCCCCCCCAUUAUGAAUUAAAUCAUGAGCCUGGACCAAACACGCUGGAAAACGCUGAUGCAACUGCAUGCUUAGAAGCUGGACUUUGUCUUUUGACCAUUGCCAUUUAUGUGAACACACCCUAUCCCUCCUGCAUGAUGUACAUGACAACAGAUCUUUAGGGGUGGGGGGUGGGGGGGUUAACAAGUAUUGUGCCAAAGGAAAAUGUACAAUGUGCUGUAAAGAACCGUGGCCUGGUAUCAACAAGCUUGGAAAUGCUCAACUGGAAAUUUUAAGAAAGAAUUUUAAUGUGAUUUUACUCAAAAAAUCCAAAUUGAACUGUAAUGUACUUAUCAGAUGUAACUCAAGACAAGCACAAACAAGACUUUAUCAUCUGUAGUAUGACCAGUACUGUUAUCAUGAACUCUCUAUUUGACAAAGCAGUAAUUGAAACAGAGUUUUCACUGUCAGCAGUCACCUUAAAACACACACGGACUGACACUCUAUUGAAGAAAUAUUUACAAACUAAUCAUUGUCAAAUAUUUGUACAGUUGAGAUUUACUUUGUGUUUGAUUAAAAAGAUGGACGUGAGUUGACUGUACUAUGAGUAGUUGUUCAGUUCAACCACAUUGCAUUGCUGCAGUGAAGUAAUUGUUAUGUGGCGAGCACCUUUCACAUCGUUUUGUAAAAUAGAGGACACUUUGGCAUCAACUAUUCAUCAAUCUUAAAUUCUGUGCACCAUUUUCUUUUGGGGUGGGCGGGUCAGGGUUAGCUUUAGUAUUGUUUGUAUGUUUCAUUUUUGUAUGGUUAAUUUACUUUUUGAUUUGUUGUGAAUUUUUUGAGAUUAAAUAUUCACAUUAAUCAGUACUUGAGAACCUGUAAAUUAUAUGAUGAGAUUAAUGUAAGUAUGCCAAAUAUAAAAUUUGUGUAUUACAAUUAAUGUAAAUAUUGUGUUUUUAACAAAAUGUAGCUAUAACAAUUUACAGCUUUGAAUGUAAUGUUGAAGCAGCAAAUUAUUAUUAUAAAUGUUCAAACUUUUAUGGUUUUGUGAGUGUAGAAAAACUAAGGUCAUGCAUAAUGACACCUAACACAUUUACAAGUUCAAUAAACUGCCCUAUGUAAUACAA